AACGAAUUGAAUUUAAACAUGUCCUUAGGCACCUUAUUCGGCGAUCAACAGAUCCGUACUGUCCCACCAAAGGCUCUUAUCAAGCACUUCAACUUGGAUGUCAAAAUUGUUGGCUCCGAUGACGCUGCUUACCAAAAGGCCUUCCCAUUGAAGAAGAUCCCAGCCUUUGUUGGUCCAAAGGGCUUCAAGUUGCACGAAGUCAUUGCUAUUUCCAUUUACCUUAUUAACUUGGCUGAUCCAAAGUCUAAGUUGUUGGGUAAGAACGCUAAGGAAUACUCUGAAAUCUUGAAGUGGUUGUCUUUGUCCAACAUGGAAUUGUUGCCAAACAUUGCUAAUGUCUUCAAGCCAUUGACCGGUGCUUCUCCUUACAACAAGAAGAACGUCGACGAAGCUUCUGCCUACGUUGAGAAGGUCAUCUCUCUCUACGAAGCUAGAUUGGCUGAAUACACCUACUUGGUUGGUGAAAGACUCACCUUUGCUGAUGUCUUCUCUGCUGCUCUUCUCGUUAGAGGUUUCGAACACUUGUUCGGUGCCGACUGGAGAAAGGCCCACCCAAACACCUCCAGAUGGUUCAAGACUGUGAUCUCUCAAAAGAUCCUUCAUGACAUUAUUGGUGACUUCACUUUCAUUGAGAAGGCUAAGGAAUUCGUUCCUCCUAAGAAGGAAAAGAAGGCUGCUGCUCCAAAGGAAGCUGCUCCAAAGAAGGAAAAGAAGCCAGCUGCUCCAAAGGAAGAAGACGACAUUCCAGCUGAAGCUCCAAAGCCAAAGCACCCAUUGGCCGCUUUGGGUAACCCUAAGGCUGCUCUUGACGAGUGGAAGAGAGUUUACUCCAAUGAGGAAACCAGAGAAGUCGCUAUUCCAUGGUUCUGGAAGAACCAAUACGACCCAGAAGAAUGGUCGUUGUGGAAGGUUGACUACAAGUACAACGACGAGUUGACUUUGACCUUCAUGUCCAACAACUUGGUUGGUGGUUUCUUCAACAGAUUGUCUGCUUCCACCAAGUACUUGUUCGGUUGUUUGGUCGUCUACGGUGAAAACAACAACAACGGUAUCACCGGUUUCUUCUUGGUCAGAGGUCAAGAGUACGCUCCAGCCUUCGACGUUGCUCCAGAUUGGGAAUCAUACGCCUACACCAAGUUGGACCCUAAGGAUGAAGAAUCCAAGAAGUUCAUUGAAAACAUGUUGGCUUGGGACCAACCUGUUGACGUCAACGGCGAAAAGAGAGAAAUCGCUGAUGGUAAGGUCUUCAAGUAAGCUAUGUAAUUUUUUAUAGCUAAUAUUGUCGAAUAUGUUUAUGUCUUC